AUGAGGUUUCUUCAGAGUUUGUUUCUUCGUCUUCGGCUACAAAGACGGCGUCAUAAAAGUCUCUCGAUAGUGGCAGCAGCGUUAUUGUUGCUGGUCGUGUUCUCACUUCUCUACUUCUGGAGAGACUUCGAAGAGGACAGCUUGCCAUUCGUGAAGGAUCCCAAGAAAGAAUGUGGAUUGCUUCCAUCUUUCAUGUGUAAUUGGAGGUCUACUUUCGACGAACCCAAAGAUAUCAAACAAGGUGGGAAGAAAAUUUCUUUUGAUGCACAUCUAACCAAAGCUGAAAAGAUCAAACUCGGGCACAUAAAAACAUUCUCGGGGCACUCCGAUUCGGCAAGACUUGCCACAGCGCAUGCAUUUUACAAAAACAUAUUCAAGGAUAUUAUAAAUGCGAAACCUGAGAUUGAAAACAAAUUGGAGAACUACAAAGAUGAUACUUUCUGCAGUUCUGAACGAUAUGAUGACGGAAAGUACGACCCACUUUUCUCGGAGAAAUAUCUCUCUUCUUUUCUUCAAUUGAGUGACUCUGAAUUGAAAGCAUUGACUGCCUCUCACAAAUACAUGAUGAAUCAUCUACCUGAAGAUGGACCUGCAGGAUUGUACAAGGGUGAUGGUAUUGUGUUCGUUGGAGGUGGUAAAUUCAAUUGGCUCACUUUGCUAUCAAUCAGAACCUUGAGGGCCAAAGGGUGCGAGCUACCUGUUGAGAUACUAAUUCCCACAUUGAAAGAGUACGACAUGGAGCUAUGCACCAAGGUUUUUCCUGCUUUGAAUGCUAAAUGUAUGUUCUUGCCAAUGGAACUUUAUGGAGAUGACUUGGAGUUCGCUUCCAGCUUGUCGUUUAAAGGGUAUCAGUAUAAAUCACUUGCCAUCCUUAUUUCAAGUUUUGAAAAUGUCUUGUUGUUAGACAGCGACAAUAUAGCAGCCUUCUCUCCAGAACACUUGUUUAAGAACGAGCCAUUUUUGUCGAGUGGCUUGGUUGUCUGGCCUGAUUUUUGGCGGAGAUCCACAUCGCCAAGUUUUUAUCAAAUUGCUGGUGAAAAGGUCAGUAAGAAAGAACUUCUUCCGAAGUACGUUGAAAAAUUUGGAUUUUAUCAGCCACAAUCAACAUCUAGUAAAGUCAAUUGGUUCACCGAGGUUCCAUACCAUGAGCGUGUGGGAACGAUUCCUGACCCCUCUUCGGAAUCUGGCCAGCUCAUGGUUUCCAAAAAGUCUCACCUCAAAGCUGUACUUCUUGCGUUGUAUUACAACUCAUACGGUCCGAAAUUUUUCUACCCAAUUUUUUCGCAAGGAACGCCAGGUGAGGGUGAUAAAGAAACGUUUCUUGCCGCAACGGUAGUUCUCAAGAAGUCAUUCUAUCAAGUUGGGAAGUUCUUAACUUCGCUUGGAAACGUAAAAAAUGGAGAAUACAAGGGACAUGCCAUGGGACAAUAUGAUCCUGUUGAUGAUUACAAUAAAAAUCUACAAAAACAGGAUUUAUUUGCCACACUUGAGGGAACUGAGCUAAAAGAUGCAUUGGGUAAAGUUGGCGAUCCUAGAAUGUUAUUUCUUCAUGCUAAUUACCCAAAAUUAGAUCCCUGGGCUCUAAGAGAAGCCGGUGAGACACUAGAUGCAACCGGUAGACACCGGUUGUAUGGAUGGGGUUUGAGAUGGCGCACGGGAACAGAUUUGGAAAUGGAUAUCUGGAAACAAAUGGAUGCGAUACUUUGUUCGGAAAAAUUGGAGAUUGACCAUUUUAGGAAUGUGAAUCGAAAAUUUUUAUGUGCUGAAAUAGCAGCUCAAAUCAGGCAUUUGACGAAUACGGUUGACAAGUUGGAAUAA